AUGAGACUCUUUCUUUUACUUUCUUUCAGUGGUUUCAUGUUACUUGAAGCAUACAGAUUUACCGAUGAAACUGAUAAGCAAGCUUUGCUCCAGUUCAAGUCUCAAGUUUCUGAAGACAAACAGAAAUUAUUGUCCUCAUGGAACAAUGUAGUCCCUCUCUGCAACUGGACUGGAGUUACCUGUGGCCACAAACACAAGAGAGUUACACUUUUGAACCUUGGAGGAUUGCAAUUAGGCGGAAUGAUAUCGCCAUCUAUUGGUAAUCUUUCCUUUCUCAAAUCACUUAAUCUCGAAAACAACUCUUUUGGUGGAACAAUCCCUCAAGAGGUGGGAAACUUGUUUAGACUUGAACACUUGUUCAUGGGAAUUAAUUUUCUCAAAGGAGGGAUUCCAGCCACUCUGGUUAACUGCUCUAGAUUGUCAAUCCUUGAUUUAUUUUCAAAUUCUCUGGGACAAGGUGUUCCUUCAGAACUAGGAUCAUUGACUAAGCUUGUUGCUUUACAUCUUGCUAGAAACAACUUCAAAGGAAAGCUCCCUGUGUCUCUAGGAAACUUGACAUCACUCAUUCAACUAAGCUUUGCAGAAAACAGUUUAGAAGGAGGAAUUCCUGAUGAUAUGGCUAGAUUGACUCAAAUGGUGACUCUUGAUUUAUCAUUGAAUAGUUUCUCAGGUGUUUUUCCUCCUGCAGUUUACAAUAUGUCCUCACUUGAGUCUUUGUACAUGUUCCACAAUCGUUUCUCUGGGAUCCUGAAGCCUGAUUUUGGUAAUUUGCUGCCAAAACUUCAUGACUUAUAUAUUGGAAGUAACUCUAUCGCAGGAGUCAUUCCAACAACACUGGCAAAUAUCUCGACUCUUCAAAUGUUGUCAAUGCCGUAUAACAGUCUGACGGGAAAUAUUCCUCCAAGCUUUGGAAAAGUACAGAAACUGCGUGUCCUGUCACUUUAUAGUAAUUCUUUGGGAGGUCAUGACUCUUUAGGAGCACUUGAAUUUAUUAGUGCUUUAACUAACUGCACCCAACUACAUACCUUGAAUGUAGCUAACAAUACGCUUUGGGGUGACUUGCCUACCUCCAUUGCCAAUCUGUCCAUGAACCUCAUCGAGUUAAACCUUGACUCAAAUUUCAUCUCCGGAAGCAUUCCUCAUGACAUUGGGAAUCUUAAAAGCUUACAAACAUUUUGGUUGGGAAGAAAUCUAUUGACAGGACCACUCCCAACCUCUCUUGGGAAGCUUUCAGAAUUGGUGGUAUUAUAUCUCCUCUCAAACAGAAUAUCAGGAGAGAUACCAUCUUCUAUAGGCAACAUCACUCGGUUAGAGAAACUAUAUUUGUCCAGCAAUAGUUUUGAAGGAACCAUUCCUCCAAGUCUAGGUAAGUGUAGUCAUUUGCUACAUUUGGUUAUUGAGGAUAAUAAGUUUAGUGGGACUAUACCUCGGGAGGUUAUGCAAAUUUCAACCCUUGUUUUACUAACCAUGUCAAAUAAUUUAUUGACUGGCUCUUUACCAAACGAUGUUGGACGACUUGAACAGCUUGGUACACUAGCUCUUGUGCAUAAUAAGCUAUCAGGAAAACUCCCAGAGGCUUUGGGAAAGUGUCUCUCAAUGGAACGACUAUAUCUGCGAGGAAAUUCUUUUGAUGGAACCAUUCCAGAUAUUAGUGGGUUGAUGGGUGUUAAAGAGGUUGAUUUCUCGAACAAUAAUCUCUCUGGAAGCAUACCUGGAUAUCUUGUGAAAUUCAAGUCUUUGGAGUAUGUCAAUCUAUCUUAUAACAACUUUGAGGGAAAGGUGCCAACAGAAGGAAAGUUCAAGAAUGCUACUAUAGUUUUGGUAUCUGGAAACAAAAACUUAUGUGGAGGUGUCUUGGAAUUAAAACUCAAGCCAUGCUUUUCGCAAGCCACAGCCAAGGGGACAAAGCAUUCUUCUUUGAAAAAGAAAGUUGUGAUCGGAGUUAGCGUAAGCAUGUCUUUUCUUUUGCUGUUGUUCAUAGCUUCAGUUUCACUUUAUUGGUUCAAAAACAGAAAGAAGAACAAGACCAAUGAGGAAACUCCUUCCACCACCUUGGGGGCUUUCCAUGAAAUGAUAAGUUAUGGAGAUCUUCGAAAUGCAACAGAUGGCUUCUCUUCAAGUAAUUUGAUUGGGUCAGGCAGCUUUGGUACCGUGUUUAAGGCAUUGUUUCCAGCAGAAAACAAAGUCGUUGCAGUGAAAGUUCUAAACUUGCAUAGACGUGGAGCAAUGAAGAGCUUUAGGGCAGAAUGUGAAUCUUUGAAAGACAUAAGGCAUCGGAAUCUUGUGAAGCUGUUGACGGCAUGUUCAAGUAUUGAUUUUCAAGGGAAUGAAUUCAGGGCUCUAAUCUAUGAGUUCAUGCCAAAUGGAAGCUUGGAUAUGUGGCUGCACCCAGAAGAAGUAGAAGAGAUUCAUAGGCCCUCAAGAACCUUGACACUUUUUGAAAGGCUUAACAUAUCCAUAGACGUGGCCUGUGUUUUGGAGUAUCUUCAUGUUCAUUGCCAUGAAGCUGUUGCUCAUUGCGAUCUUAAGCCCAGCAACGUCCUUUUAGACGACGAUCUAACAGCCCAUGUUAGUGACUUUGGUCUGGCUCGGAUCCUCCUCAAGUUCGACCAGGAUUACUUCCUCAACCAACUCAGCUCAGGUGGAGUCAGAGGAACCAUUGGCUAUGCUGCACCAGAAUAUGGAAUGGGAGGGCAGAUAUCAAUACAUGGUGAUGUGUAUAGCUUUGGGAUUCUCCUUUUGGAAAUGUUCAGCGGAAAACGACCAACCAAUGAGUUGUUUGGAGGAAACUUCACCCUCCACAACUACAUCAAAUAUGCCUUGCCAGAGCGAGUGUUGGAAGUUGCAGACGAGAUUAUUCUUCACAAUGGCCUUAGAAUCGGCUUCCCUGUUGCUGAGUGCUUGAAAAUGGUUUUGGAGGUGGGACUUAAAUGCUGUGAAGAAUCUCCAAUGAACCGGUUGGCUAUGAGUGAGGCUGUAAAAGAAUUAAUAUCAGUCAGAGAGAGGUUCUUCAAAGCCAGAAGAGGAGCUAGGCAUUGA